UAACGUGAAUUAUAUGAAAUGUGCCAAAAGGCAGACCCUUUUUAUGCUAUCCAUACACUUAGGUCAAACGUAAUCCAUCCUAUAGGUGAGGGCCGACAUCCGGGCAACUGAGCUACAUACGGGUUCUUCGAGCCAUAGCAACCAGACUGGCGUUGAAAACAAACCGUUGCCAUUACUCUUUAACCUGUCGACCUACGCUGGUAAAACCCGUCAUUCUGCCUCCAAAAUGCCGAAAAACUGUGUUGUUUUUGGUUGUGCUAACCACAACUGGAAACAGGGAAAACAAAGGUUGUAUUUUGUUCUGCCAAAGCGUGAUAAAAGCCCACAGAGACGAGACAAAUGGCUCGGGAAAACGAGGACGGUUCUCACUGGAGUCCCCCAAAGUCCCGGGUCGUGUGUUCGGAUCACUUCGUUUCUGAGGCGUGUCCAUUCUGUGGGAAGUCCUACAAAAGGUUAAAGAGCCACCUUCCACACUGCAAGGCUGCGCCCAAGCCGUCUUCCACCCACCGUGACCCCGCCGCCUCUCAAACGCCGGACAGGCUGGCUGCAGACUUGUCCAAAAAAAAGGGCGCCGAGUCCAAAAAGAAGGUGCCGGAGAACAGCGUCACGCCAACGCCGCCCUUGUCGUCUACUUCUAAAAAGAAAAAGGCGUCUGAGCCAACAUCGCCUGCUUCGAAGCCAAAGAAAAAGAGUGCCGAAGCAGCAAAGCCCAGCCAGGGUCUGCAAAGCCAGCGUCAAAGAUCCGCUCAGCCUGAAGCUACAAGUGCUUCUAAAAAGAAAGAAGCAGAGAGGGUAGACCUCGGCGAGGACAAGAGAGACGUAUUAGGGAAAGAGACUCUAAAGGAGUCAGGAAGUCUGUCCAGGAUUACGCUGCAGCAUGUCGGGAGCACGUUAGGCCGAGCUAAAAGCAGCAGGCCGACCAUUCACAUCCAAACAAACGGUCCCGAGCCAAAGAGAAGUCACGCCAGUGUGUCGCUAGCAGCACCCAAACAAGCGUCUUCCGAGGCCAUGCUAAUCUCGCAGGCGAGCCAGGCCACGCCCCCUCCACACACCGUCGACAGCCUCAACGUGGGCCUCCGCCAUAGGCCCCGACUCCCCUCGGCGUCACUGGGACACUUCCAAGGCCUCCCGUCGGGUGCUGAAGAUGCGUUAAUGUCCCGGAAGCAGACAGACAAUUCCUCAGGGCGGGGCCUGGGUCAGGUGACCCUGAGGGAGCUGCCCUGUUGGCUGGCCUGCAGGACCCCGAGCCGCCCGACAGACGUGGUGGAAAUGAUGCAGAGAGGCUGGGGGUGGUACUACAGGAAGUACUUCCACGUGAGGAAAGGCGGCAUCGGCGGCGUGGCCAUGCUGUUGGCAGGGUACUGUGUGCUCAGCUACGUCUGGUCCUACCCCCAUCUUAAGCGUGACCGCUGGAGGAAGUACCACUAAGGCACGCAUUAUACCGUGAAAAUCCUCUUCAGACACCUUUCCAUUGUUGAAGUUUGGCAUUAUUUACUCAAAAUGUAAUUUGAGGACUCAAAAAAUGUAUUUUUUGGUUGACAUGUGUGAUUUGUGUGCAGUACCACGACCCUCCACUUAGUGUCACUGUUGCUUAGUGUCACUUCAAACAGUGUUGCUGUUACUUGAAUGCACUGAGAGGAUUAAAAGGGAACAAUCCGGAUAUUUUUUUUUAGCUUGAUGCAAUCUGGAAACCCACUUUCUAAACUAUCCUGACCAAUCUCUUGAACCGGAAGGUUUUUUUCUUUUUUUUUCUGUGUGGGUUGCAUAAUCCCUCCCAUUGCAGGAUGUCAUUAAGCAGAAUACAGACAGAAUAGCAAUGAAGACCUCAGCCAAACUGGGCCUCCUGUUUUGCUACUUAAAAUGAAUUUAUUUUUUGCUGUUUUAACUAAAAAUGAAGAAAUUACCUUUUUUUUUGGUCUAUUUUUCCACACCGCACUUGGCCAACAUAAUAAAAAAAUAAACAUUUGCUCCGGUUAUUUUUUCUUUUUCUCUCCUAUAUACAAAAUUAUAAUUGUUUUGUUUAGAUAUUUAUAAAAAAAAAAUGGUACAGAUCAGACAAAACAGUAAGACGUGCUGAUGUGCACAAUGACAACACUGAAUUAAAAUGACUUCUUUCUUUCAAAAAACAAGUCCAUUUUCUCAAUUGUGCAGCUACAGAGAUGCACUACUAAAAACUCUUCUUACCACACCACAUU